UAUCUCCUGGCGCGAAAAUUUGAGACUGCGUGUGACCGGUGUGUACAAAAUCAAAACAAGACAUGGAUUCUGAAAACCUUAUUCUUCGUCUGUUCGAUGUGAAUGCUGUGAAGUUUGGAACUUUUACACUCAAAAGCGGGAUUGAAUCUCCCGUUUACUUCGAUCUGAGAGUAAUGGUAUCAUAUCCAGAUAUUAUGGAUGCUGUGGCAGAUACCUUGUUUGAUACUGCCAAAAAGAGUGGGGUCGAAUACAGCGUUCUCUGUGGCGUCCCCUACACAGCACUUCCCAUAGCUACAUUGAUGGCAGUGAAACAGAAAGUACCCAUGGUGAUAAGGAGAAAGGAAGCCAAGUCAUAUGGCACCAAGAAGAUGAUAGAGGGCGCUUUCCAGGAAGGAGAAGUGUGCUUGAUCGUGGAGGAUGUAGUUACGACUGGCUCAAGCGUCAUGGAAACAGCACAGUCUCUCGCAGAAGUUGGUUUGAAGGUGAAGGACGCCAUCGUGCUUCUGGAUCGAGCUCAGGGAGGAGCAGAUAGGUUAAGAGAUUCAGGCAUCAAUCUUUACAGUGCGUUUGACCUUCCACGCAUCCUAGAAGUCUUGCAUGCCCACGGUAAGAUCACUGAUGAGGUCGUUAAGAGUGUCAAGGCUUUCAUCCAGGAAAAUAUGGUCAAUCUACCUCAGGAACCAGCGGCUAAGAAACCAAGGAGGGAAUAUCUUGGUUACCAAGCCAGGGCGGAGCUUUGUCAACAUCCUGUUGCUAAGCAACUGUUUGGAAUUAUGGAAGACAAGCAAACCAAUCUAGCAUUCUCAGUCGAUGUGACAACAUCGAGUCAAGUCUUAGAGUUGGCUGACCAAGUGGGCCCUUACAUCUGUGUACUAAAGACCCAUGUCGACAUCCUUGAAGACUUCAGUUCUACCUUCAUUCAAUCUCUACAGGAUUUGGCUGAGAAACAUAACUUCCUCAUCUUUGAAGACAGAAAAUUUGCUGACAUUGGCAACACGGUGCAGCAUCAGUACUCGUCGGGCAUGUACAAGAUAUCAGAGUGGUCUCACAUUACCAACGCACACUCUGUGGCUGGGCCUGGCAUCAUCAGUGGUCUCAAGGCGGUGGGUGGGGCUAAGAACCGUGCCUGCCUCCUGAUUGGUCAAAUGAGCUCCAGUGGUAACCUAGCAACAGGGGAGUAUACAAAAGCAACCGUGAAGAUGGCUGAAGAGAACAGUGACUUCGUCAUCGGUUUCAUCUCGACGUCCUCGCUCACCCCAGACCCAACGUUCAUCCACAUGACACCGGGUGUGAAGCUUUCCGAAGGGAAGGACAACCUAGGUCAGCAGUACUUGACUCCUGCGGAGGUCAUAACCAACAGGAAGAGUGACAUCAUCAUCGUUGGACGAGGCAUUUACCAGGCAUCUAAUCCAGCUGAGGUAGCGAGGCAGUAUCAGGAAGCCGGUAUGAAGGCCUAUCAUCAACUAUUAGAAGGAGAGACAGACAGAUGAGGUCCGAUGAGAUUCUCAUAUCAACAUGUAUGUUAAUCAGGGUAUGCUCAUUUUUAAAGAGGAUUUUUGAGGUCAUACACUGCACAAUAAUCCCAAAGACAAGAGUCCCCAGUUUACCACAAUACAGAAUUUAGGGAGAAAAUGGAAUUGACGGAAUUUCACGAAACCAAUGUUUUCAGGCCCCUUCGGAUUGAAUUAUGAAAAAUACAGGUAAAAUCAUGAAAAUUGAAGUGAAUUCCUAUGAUACAAAAACGAUGUAUCAGUGAAAAAUCUGCAAAUCAUCUUGUUCAUGCUGUUCAGAGUGCUUACAAUAUGUUGCCAAUCUGCUAUCUGCAUACUGCAGUGCCUGUAUGUUGAUUAGAAACUUGGCUUUGCCUAGAUUUUUAUCUGCUAUCUUCAUGUACAAUUGUUUUGUACAUGUCAACAGAGAUCACAAAAUAGAACACAGAAUUUGCAGAGAUGCUAACUUCAAAGACCCAGGGCCCGUUUCAUGAAGACACAUUUUAAUACAAAAAAAUUGCAGUUUCUGAUGAGCCUAUGAAAUUGAAUGAUUUCAGUAGCUUUAAACUGUAAUUGCAAAUUCGUUAUAAAAAGUUUUAUGAAACGGGCCCCAGCUGUGCAUGAGAUUUUCUGUGACUCAGUGUGAUAUCACAGGCAUUAUGUACAGUACGUACAUAAUACAUAACAUAAUUGUGUAUGAUAUAUACAUAAUACAUAAUAUAUGUUGGAGCGUUGUGGCCCAGUGGAUAAGUCUUCUGACUUUGAAACAGAGGGUC